AUGGUUUAUACCCUAUCAGGGGUGCGGUUGCCGAUUGUGCCAUCGGUGAACAAGUUGGGUACGGGAUCAAGCUCUCGUGCUGAUUGGAGGAAUCUCCAUCUCUCCUUUUUUAUGAAGAAUCAGUCUCAUUCAUGGAAGAUGUUUGCUGGAAAGUCUUCUUAUGAUUCUGUAUCUCAAUCUUCUUCAACAACUGCAUCAGAGAAGGUCCUUAUUCCUUGCACCCAGAGUGAUGGGUCCUCAUCAGAGGAAUCGAACCUUUCUGAGAUAGUUUCAGAAGAUAAACAGAUAUCAAAUGAUUUAGAAAGUUUAAAAAUGGAACAUGAAAGCAAACUUGAAGAUCGAGAAAAUCUUGUUGAGCAGAGUACCAGUUUUAGUGAAACCAUCAGAGAGGAAGAUUCUGCAUCUUCACCACUAUUAGAUCUCCAUGUUGUAGAAAAGGCUGAAGGAACUUCAGACACAUCGUAUGUGUCUAUAAGUACCGAAUCAGAAAGGGUCAGAAAGAGGGUUAUCACUCCACCUGGAAUUGGUCAAAGGAUAUAUGAGAUAGAUUCACUUUUGACCAAUCAUCGUGAUCAUCUUGAUUACCGGUAUGGACACUAUAAGAAAAUGCGUGAAGCAAUUGACAAGUACGAGGGUGGGUUGGAAAUGUUUUCUCGUGGUUAUGAGAAAUUUGGUUUUACUCGCAGUGCAACAGGUAUAACUUACAGGGAAUGGGCACCUGGUGCCAAGUGGGCGACGCUUAUUGGAGAUUUCAACAGCUGGAAUCCUAAUGCUGAUGUCAUGACUCGCAAUGAAUUUGGCGUCUGGGAGAUUUUUUUGCCAAACAAUGCAGAUGGUUCUCCUCCUAUCCCCCAUGGUUCCAGUGUGAAGAUUCGCAUGGAUACCCCAUCUGGCAUUAAAGAUUCUAUUCCAGCUUGGAUCAAGUUCUCCGUACAGGCUCCUGGAGAAAUUCCAUACAAUGGAAUAUAUUAUGAUCCUCCAGAAGAGCAUAAGUAUGUUUUCAAACAUCCUCAGCCAGAGAAACCAAAAUCACUCAGGAUAUACGAGUCUCACAUAGGAAUGAGUAGCACGAUAUCUGAUGAUUUAGAAAGUUUAAAAACGGAACAUGAAAGCAAACUUGAAGAUCGAGAAAAUUUUGUUGAGCAGAGUACCAGUUUUAUUGAAACCAUCAGAGAGGAACAUUCUGCAUCUUCACCACUAUUAGAUCGCCAUGUUGUAGAAAAGGCUGAAGGAACUUCAGACACAUCGUAUGUGUCUAUACGUACCGAAUCAGAUAGGGUCAGAAAGAGGGUUAUCACUCCACCUGGAAUUGGUCAAAGGAUAUAUGAGAUAGAUCCACUUUUGACCAAUCAUCGUGAUCAUCUUGAUUACCGGUAUGGACACUAUAAGAAAAUGCGUGAAGCAAUUGACAAGUACGAGGGUGGGUUAGAAAUGUUUUCUCGUGGUUAUGAGACAUUUGGUUUUACUCGCAGUGCGACAGGAAUAACUUACAGGGAAUGGGCACCUGGUGCCAAGUGGGCGACGCUUAUUGGAGAUUUCAACAACUGGAAUCCUAAUGCUGAUGUCAUGACUCGCAAUGAAUUUGGAGUCUGGGAGAUUUUUUUGCCAAACAAUGCAGAUGGUUCUCCUCCUAUCCCCCAUGGUUCCAGUGUGAAGAUUCGCAUGGAUACCCCAUCUGGCAUUAAAGAUUCUAUUCCAGCUUGGAUCAAGUUCUCCGUACAGGCUCCUGGAGAAAUUCCAUACAAAGGAAUAUAUUAUGAUCCUCCAGAAGAGGAUAAGUAUGUUUUCAAACAUCCUCAGCCAGAGAAACCAAAAUCACUUAGGAUAUACGAGUCUCACAUUGGAAUGAGUAGCACGGAGCCUAUUAUCAAUACAUAUGCCAAUUUUAGAGAUGAAGUGCUUCCUCGUAUCAAAAAUCUUGGUUAUAAUGCUGUUCAGAUAAUGGCAAUUCAAGAGCAUUCAUAUUAUGCCAGCUUUGGUUAUCACGUGACAAAUUUCUUUGCGCCAAGCAGCCGUUUUGGGAAUCCAGACGAUCUUAAGUCCUUGAUAGAUAGAGCUCAUGAAUUGGGUCUGGUUGUUCUCAUGGAUAUUGUGCACAGCCAUGCGUCAAAUAAUACUUUGGAUGGGCUGAACAUGUUUGAUGGCACCGAUAGCUGUUACUUUCACUCUGGUUCUCAGGGUUAUCACUGGAUGUGGGACUCUCGACUUUUUAAUUAUGGACACUGGGAGGUAUUAAGGUUCCUUCUCUCAAACGCAAGAUGGUGGUUGGAUGAGUACAAGUUUGAUGGUUUCAGAUUUGAUGGUGUGACGUCAAUGAUGUAUACCCACCAUGGUUUGCAGGAGCCUAUUAUCAAUACAUAUGCCAAUUUUAGAGAUGAAGUGCUUCCUCGUAUCAAAGAUCUUGGUUAUAAUGCUGUUCAGUUAAUGGCAAUUCAAGAGCAUUCAUAUUAUGCCAGCUUUGGUUAUCACGUGACAAAUUUCUUUGCGCCAAGCAGCCGUUUUGGGAAUCCAGACGAUCUUAAGUCCUUGAUAGAUAGAGCUCAUGAAUUGGGUCUGGUUGUUCUCAUGGAUAUUGUGCACAGCCAUGCGUCAAAUAAUACUUUGGAUGGGCUGAACAUGUUUGAUGGCACCGAUAGCUGUUACUUUCACUCUGGUUCUCAGGGUUAUCACUGGAUGUGGGACUCUCGACUUUUUAAUUAUGGACACUGGGAGGUAUUAAGGUUUCUUCUCUCAAACGCAAGAUGGUGGUUGGAUGAGUACAAGUUUGAUGGUUUCAGAUUUGAUGGUGUGACGUCAAUGAUGUAUACUCACCAUGGUUUGCAGGUUACAUUUACUGGAAACUACAGUGAGUAUUUUAGUUUUUCAACGGAUGUUGAUGCUGUAGUUUAUUUGAUGCUGGUCAACGACCUCAUUCAUGGGCUCUUCCCUGAAGCUAUAACUGUUGGUGAAGAUGUAAGUGGCAUGCCAACUUUCUGUAUUCCUGUUCAAGAUGGUGGUGUUGGAUUUGACUAUCGCCUUCAUAUGGCAAUUGCUGAUAAAUGGAUUGAGAUACUCAAGAAGAGGGAUGAAGAUUGGAAAAUGGGAGAUAUAGUGCACACACUUACUAAUAGAAGGUGGUCAGAAAAGUGUGUUGCUUAUGCAGAAAGUCAUGACCAAGCACUAGUCGGCGAUAAAACUAUUGCAUUCUGGCUAAUGGAUAAGGACAUGUAUGAUUUCAUGGCUAUAGAUAGACAAUCUACUCCCUUGAUAGAUCGUGGAAUAGCAUUACACAAAAUGAUAAGGCUUAUCACAAUGGGAUUAGGAGGAGAAGGGUACCUAAAUUUCAUGGGAAAUGAAUUUGGACAUCCUGAGUGGAUAGAUUUUCCUAGAGCUGAUCAACAUCUUCCUGAUGGCAAAUUUGUUCCUGGAAACAAUAACAGUUUUGACAAGUGCAGGCGUAGAUUUGAUCUGGGUGAUGCAGAGAACUUAAGAUAUCGUGGAAUGAAAGAAUUUGAUCGAGCAAUGCAUCAUCUUGAAGAAAAAUAUGGUUUCAUGACUUCGGAGCAUCAGUAUAUAUCACGUAAGGAUGAAGGAGAUAGGAUAAUUGUGUUCGAAAGGGGAAACUUGGUUUUUGUCUGCAAUCUUCAUUGGACUAACAGUUAUUCUGACUAUCGGGUAGGCUGCCUAAAGCCAGGAAAAUAUAAGGUAGUGUUGGAAUCAGAUGAUCCAUUGUUUGGUGGCUUCAGUAGAAUUAGUCAUGAUGCAGAGUAUUUUACCUCUGAUGGGUGGUACGAUGGGCGGCCUCAUUCUUUUAUGAUAUAUGCACCUUGUAGAACAGCAGUGGUCUAUGCUUUAGUUGAAGAUUCAGCAGUUCUUGUUGAAGAAUGA